AUGCCCAUGCCAUCACGCAGACAGUACACGCAGGAUGAGACUGGUGAGGAUGAAUUAGAACAGUACCGAUCAGAUGGAGAAUCACCCAAUAUCGACCUCGCAGAGCAUGAGCGCCACAUUCAUACACGUAACGACAAGAAGCUUUCACCAGUGAAGGCAAAGAACGUAUCGUGGCAAUCAGAAGCUACCGUGCCCCAAAACAGCAGAAGACUAGUUGAUGCGGAGGGGGAGGCAGUUGGAGAGACCAUCGAAGGAGAACUAGAAGACGAAGAAGAAGCUAUGCGUCGCGAUCGUGACGCCAGUCAACAACUACAGGAAGAGGCAUCCAAGGCGAGAAACCCGCGUACGCAGGCAUCGCGAUCUGGAAGUUCUUCUGGAAGCAGCACGUCGAAAGUCGACUCCCAUAGGGCAUCUUCUACCGCUCGCAGCACGUCCAGGGUUGAUCCUGGUAGAGUAUUCGACAAGAACAUCAGUCCAGUCCAAGAGGAAUUUCAGCAUCCCAAUGUUCCGACAGCUCGCUCCACCGAGGCAGAUCCUGCGCCAUUAAGAACCAGGGAGGAUGAAUUGGUCUCGUACAAGGAUGUGGGAGAAUACACAGGAACCUCGGAUCCGACUCCCUUAGCAAGUCUAACGCCACGGGAGAGGAAGGACAAUGAGCUAGAUGCCACAGUGAUGUGCAAACUGGAUGCACUCCGCUCUCACAUCAACGAAUUCUGCGCCAAGCACUUCGAACACCAGGCAGAUCCACGUACGCCCACGCAAUGGCGAACAUGGGCCGGCGCCAAAGGACAGGGCAAGUUGGAACUCCUGGACAUUACACGACUGGUAGCCGAUGGUGGUGGUGGCCCAGACACAUGGUUGACCGUAAUCAGAGACAAAACCUGUCGUUAUGGACUCAGUUUCGCCAUAAUCAACAGAGUGCUUGUUAGGCAUGUCUUUAACAGUCUCUUGUUUGGCGCGCCUCAGGAUCUACAGGACGAACUGGAUAAGAAUGAGAAGCAAGAGGAGGGCCGGGAUGGGUUUUACCGUGCAGAGCAACGCGCGCAAUAUAUCACGUCUUACGAGAUUCAACAUCGAGUGAAUUUGAAUACUAGCAGCGUGAGAAAGCAUGACGUUUUCAAGAUGGCGCUACAGAUCGCAGAAUUGCUAAAGCCACUUUUCGAGCUUAGGCGCUCCACCGAGCAUGACCCUCAUGGUGAAGUGGUGAAAGGGCUAUACACGAUUGUCGACAGGGCGGCAGAACUCGCGACGCUUAUGAGAAAGAGCGGCAACACGGUACUUUAUCAGUUCGGCCAGGUUUUCAAAGAGCAAGCGAUCGAGCGUAAGACGACUGGGGUGUUGAACAUGCGCGAGCUGGAAGAAGAAUUUGCCAGAGAGCGUCGAGGGGACCUGGUUCUGAUCAGGAUAGUAUGUGGGGACCAUCUGCUUGCAUACAGAAAGGGUGGCGGUGUCAUGGCUCAGAGGUUGUUGGAGAAAGAGGGCAGUGAACAGGACACGAGCAUCGCGCCAGAGCUGCGGCACUUGCCCCGUAACGUAUACCGUGGGCGGGUGAUUACAGCGGACGAUGGUUACAGAUCCAAGUUCCUGGCCAAGGCAUUGGUUAUUGGGCGCUUGGAGCAGGCGGACGGCGGCAGGGCAGUGGAUCUGUUGGAUGCUCUCAAAGAUGAGGCGUGCGUGCUGCAGUAG